AUGCCCGCAGUCUGCAAUCAUCAAAACAAACACCUUGUAAGGCAGUGGCCAGGACUCAGCACUUCACUGACUGGAGAACUCCACAAACCGAUGUAGUACUGGAGACUCCAUCAGAAGCUGUUUUAUCUUCAAGCCAUAAAAUACAAUGUUUUGCUUUGCAUAUCGUAGCUCUCUCUUGGUAAGAAGUCCUUACAGCAUGAGUCCCACAUGCUGCCUGGGGAAACCAUCUUGGCUGUGUUUUACAGCAGUAAAUGUUACUGUGGAUGUGACUGAUUGGAGGUUAUUGGAUUUGAAGAAGAUGCGGUAGUUAGGUAAUGUAACGGUGCCGCUACCCAUCACAGGAGGAGGGCAGUAAAACCUGAUUUUAGAGGGAGAGGCUGUCUUGGCUUCACUGGCCUGCUGGUAUAUUAUGUCUGAUCUCCUCUUUCCAUCAGACCAUCCCCUUUCCUUCCCUCUCUCUUGCCUCGUUUACAUCUUGCCCUAACGUGAGUUUCGUGAUCUAAUCUACAGUGGGGAAAAAAAGUAUUUAGUCAGCCACCAAUUGUGCAAGUUCUCCCACUUAAAAAGAUGAGAGAGGCCUGUAAUUUUCAUCAUAGGUACACGUCAACUAUGACAGACAAAAUGAGGAAAAAAAAUCCAGAAAAUCACAUUGUAGGAUUUUUAAUGAAUUUAUUUGCAAAUUAUGGUGGAAAAUAAGUAUUUGGUCAAUAACAAAAGUUUCUCAAUACUUUGUUAUAUACCCUUUGUUGGCAAUGACACAGGUCAAACGUUUUCUGUAAGUCUUCACAAGGUUUUCACACACUGUUGCUGGUAUUUUGGCCCAUUCCUCCAUGCAGAUCUCCUCUAGAGCAGUGAUGUUUUGGGGCUGUCGCUGGGCAACACGGACUUUCAACUCCCUCCAAAGAUUUUCUAUGGGGUUGAGAUCUGGAGACUCCAGGACCUUGAAAUGCUUCUUACGAAGCCACUCCUUCGUUGCCCGGGCGGUGUGUUUGGGAUCAUUGUCAUGCUGAAAGACCCAGCCACGUUUCAUCUUCAAUGCCCUUGCUGAUGGAAGGAGGUUUUCACUCAAAAUCUCACGAUACAUGGCCCCAUUCAUUCUUUCCUUUACACGGAUCAGUCGUCCUGGUCCCUUUGCAGAAAAACAGCCCCAAAGUAUGAUGUUUUCACUCCCAUGCUUCACAGUAGGUAUGGUGUUCUUUGGAUGCAACUCAGCAUUCUUUGUCCUCCAAACACAACGAGUUGAGUUUUUACCAAAAAGUUAUAUUUUGGUUUCAUCUGACCAUAUGACAUUCUCCCAAUCCUCUUCUGGAUGCACUCUAGCAAACUUCAGACGGGCCUGGACAUGUACUGGCUUAAGCAGGGGGACACGUCUAACACUGCAGGAUUUGAGUCCCUGGCGGCGUAGUGUGUUACUGAUGGUAGGCUUUGUUACUUUGGUCCCAGCUCUCUGCAGGUCAUUCACUAGGUCCCCCCGUGUGGUUCUGGGAUUUUUGCUCACCGUUCUUGUGAUCAUUUUGACCCCACAGGGUGAGAUCUUGCGUGGAGCCCCAGAUCGAGGGAGAUUAUCAGUGGUCUUGUAUGUCUUCCAUUUCCUAAUAAUUGCUCCCACAGUUGAUUUCUUCAAACCAAGCUGCUUACCUAUUGCAGAUUCAGUCUUCCCAGCCUGGUGCAGGUUUACACUUUUGUUUCUGGUGUCCUUUGACAGCUCUUUGGUCUUGGCCAUAGUGGAGUUUGGAGUGUGACUGUUUGAGGUUGUGGACAGGUGUCUUUUAUACUGAUAACAAGUUCAAACAGGUGCCAUUAAUACAGGUAACAAGUGGAGGACAGAGGAGCCUCUUAAAGAAGAAGUUACAGGUCUGUGAGAGCCAGAAAUCUUGCUUGUUUGUAGGUGACCAAAUACUUAUUUUCCACCAUAAUUUGCAAAUAAAUUCAUUAAAAAUCCUACAAUGUGAUUUUCUGGAUUUUCUUUUCUCAAUUUGUCUGUCAUAGUUGACGUGUACCUAUGAUGAAAAUUACAGGCCUCUCUCAUCUUUUUAAGUGGGAGAACUUGCACAAUUGGUGGCUGACUAAAUACUUUUUUUCCCCACUGUAUAAGGUUUGACGCGCCUAAACAUUGUAUUAAAAUGUGUCUUAUCCGUCCGCUGUGUCCACAUUGUGACCAGAUUAGCUGAUGCCUCCCUGUAUGCAAAUUAUUUGACAGACGUUCUUUCAAAAUAAUAUGAAUGUAUUUAUUUUAAGACUAUUACUGAUGCCAUAAGUCAAUGGUGCUACCUCUCAAUGAUUUUAGAGGCCGGUAUAAUGAUUUAAAUGGUUUGACCAUCCAGGUCUGUUUACACGUGAUUGAUAUCCAGACACAAUGUGUGCCUGACUACCUCUGGAGUUGGUCAGGAAGUCACAAUCAGACCACAAUGUGUAUUUUAAUAAUCUACUCCUGUCUAAAAAUGUGGGCACAAUCAGAAUGUGGACAAUAUCAGGACAAAGGGCGCAUGUUAGAACCAGAUAUAAACAGGGCUUCUCUCUCUCUCUCUCUUAGGCUCUCUAUCUCUUUCUUUCUCUCUCAGCCUCUCUCUAACCCUGUUUCUGCAUCUCUCUCCCCAUCUCUCUCACAAAUCUCUCAUGUCUCUCCCUCUUUUCCUUCAUCCUCUCUUUCUCCAUGUCUCUCUUCUAGUCUACGACAUCUAGUCUACGUGUGUAUCCAGCAGACUCCUCCUCCCUCAGUCCCAGCCUGGCGUCGUUCUCUGCUGCUCUCUUCGACUGAAGCCUCUCCUGAACUCGUCUGAGCUCCACUCAUCAGAGAUCACUCUACAACCAGGGAGUCUCGGCCAGGCCACACACACACACACAAAAACCCAGGUAAGAUGGGACCACCUUCAACAUCUACCGGCUACUGUAACCACUGCUUUCAUGAUGUAUAGAAUACAGUUACAGUCCACAGAGAACACAUUCAACACUUUUAUUCCUGUCUGAGACUGCACAUUCUUCUGCUUUUUCACUUUCAAAGCCUGGAGUUUGGGUGUGUGAGCAGUGAGUGUAUUCUGAAGCCAACUUUUUCUGCCAGGAGUAUAACUUUGAGAACUGUAUCUAUGUGAGUUUAAAGUUUUGAAGGGUGGAUCACGUCUGUUGCUCUAAAAACAGAAUUUUCUCAAAAAGACUUGUGUCCAACACAUGGUAAAGACGCUAUGGUCAGUAGGGAAGCAUUGUAAAUGUUUUAUUUUUUUAUUAGCCUGAUCAUAAUUCCAUACACUGGGUGUGUGGUGACUGCUAUAAAUGGUAGUGUAUAUGUAAUCUGAGGAGUGAUGAUAGCAGGUUUUAGAACAUGAUGGAUGACAGCAGCACACCAGGCCAGUAGAUGUAAAAACACAGAACUCGGUAAAGGUUUGGCUGGGUGAGUUAAUGGUCCUAUUUCCUGAGCAUCUGCAGGAAAGGAGUCUCAGAACUCAGGAUAUGACAUGAUGAGUGUAGAGGACUGUAGGUACAAUACAGAUGUAAGAUCUUAAUUUGAUCACUAUUGUUGUUGAUAAUGUUUCUGCACAGCAGGAAAUGCUAACUUGUAAUUCCCACUUUGUAAUUCCCACUUAAAAAUGUCAGACUUGAUUUGCCCUAAUGAAAAAUGUAUCAACCCCUACAAAAAAUGUCCAUUAAUUAGAAUCCACAUAAUAAUUCACAUUUCCUAUUGCUGCAGGAUUAUCAUGCUGUAGCAAACUGGCUCAAAUUAAUAUCCUACAUCUGUAUGUCGCAAGACCAACUUCCCGUGCAAUGCGUUGAUCAAAAUUAUCUCUGUUUCUCAGUAUUAAAGUUUCACUCUCAACCCUUUAGACAGGAAAGCUGAUGUUGCAAUAACUUCUCUUGUUAUUGUGGUAACCAGGAGAUUACUGUGAUAGAGGUGGUGUCAGAUUGUACUCUAAAUUGGCAAACGCAUUAAAUAGUACCCGCAAAACACCAGUCUAAACGUCAACAGUGAAGAGGCGACUCCGGGAUGAAGACCUUCUAGGCAGAGUUGCAAAGAAAAAGUCCAGUGUCUGUGUUCUUUUGCCCAUCUUAAUCUUUUCAUUUUAUCGGCCAGUCUGAGAUAUGGCUUUUUCUUUGCAACUCUGCCUAGAAGGUCAGCAUCCCAGAGUCGCCUCUUCACUGUUGACGUUGAGACUGGUGUUUUGCGGGUACUAUUUAGUGACGCUGCCAGUUGAGGACCUGUAAGGCGUCUGUUUCUCAAACUAGACACUCUAAUGUAUUUGUCCUCUUGCUCAGUUGUGCACCGGGGCCUCCCACUCCUCUUUCUAUUCUGGUUAGAGCCAGUUUGCGCUGUUCUGUGAAGGAAGUAGUACACAGCGUUGUACGAGAUCUUCAGUUUCUUGGCAAUUUCUCGCAUGGAAUAGCCUUCAUUUCUCAGAACAAGUACAGACUGACGAGUUUCAGAAGAAUGUUCUUUGUUUCUGGCCAUUUUGAUCCUGUAAUCGAACCCACAAUUGCUGAUGCUCCAGAUACUCAACUAGUCUCAAGAAGGCCAGUUUUAUUGCAUCUUUAAUCAGCAAACAGUUUUCAGCUGUGCUAACAUAAUGGCAAAAGGGUUUUCUAAUGAUCAAUUAGCCUUUUAAAAUGAUAAACUUGGAUUAGCAAACACAACGUGCCAUUGGAACACAGGACUGAUGGUUGCUGAUAAUGGGCCUCUGUAUGCCUAUGUAGAUAUUCCAUUAAAAAACAGCCGUUUCCAGCUACAAUAGCCAUUUACAACAUUAACAAUGUCUACGCUGUAUUUCUGAUCAAUUUGAUGUUAUUUUAAUGGGCAAAAAAAUAGCUUUUCUUUCAAAAACAAGGUCAUUUCUAAGGGACACCAAACUUUUGAACGGUGGUGUACAUUCUUCAGCAUUUGAAUGGUUCUAUUGCAUUAAUCUCUGUUGUCUAAUGCUUGCCCGGGUCAGUGACUGUCUGAGGCCAUGAAGUGACUACUAACAUGGUGAUGUAAUUACUAAAUGAAAUGCAGAGAAUUUCCUGUUUACCCAAAUGAUUUACCCAGAUUUGAGUGGGUGGCAUCAUAGGAUUCAUAUUUCAACAAGAUGGAGUCGAGCACAAUACACUCAUCUAACAGCAAUGUAUUAUUUACAUUCAGCUGUAGUUCUCUAUAUAAACCACAGGAGGUUGGUGGCACCUUAAUUAGGGAGGACGGGCUCGUAGUAAUGGCUGGAGCGGAAUAGGUGCAAAGGUAUCAAAUACAUCUAAUCCAUGGUUACCGUGUGUUUGGUGCCAUUCCAUUGGCUCCGUUCUGGCCAUUAUUAUGAGCUGUCCUCUCUUAAGCUGAUACAAUGAGUGUUCUGUAUGAGUGGCCUGGAACCUCCCUAGCAGUUGUUAAACAUCAGGAGGAACUUUGCAUUUGGUGAUAAAGAGAAUAAACAGAAAGUGCCUGCAGGUACUGUAGUCAAGCCCUGCAGCAGUUUUAACUCAGAGGAGUACAUUCCUAAGAUACCAUACAUUUAGAAAGGGUCUCUACAAAGGAUAACCAGGCUCUGUUGUGUGAAUACUGUAUGUUCUCUCAUUUGAAGAGUUCUUGAUCACCUGACCAGAAAAGCUCUGGGCCCUAGGUACUGUAUAGUCUAAAACGGGUUGCACACAGUUCUUUGUGGUCAAGUCACGAGGUCUGUAGGUCUCCUCCCAUCCAAUGCGUGUCAGGAACUGUAGAUGUAGACUUCAUUUCUAUGUAAGGAUCUAUUCCCAUUGAGUGUCAAACAGCAGAAAGCACAAACCGGCUGCUCUAUUUCUAUGUAAGGAAGUAACUCUCCACUGUGACUCCGCAGGAUGCCUUUGGGAGGAGGAAAUAACUGCGGCUGCUGCCAGAAGACGGUGUACUUCGCUGAGGAAGUGCAGUGUGAAGGGAAAUAUUUCCACAAGUGCUGCUUUCUGUGCAGUAAGUGAUCGGAGUGAGGUCAUCCCGUUCUUUCAUAAACCACACUGUGACUACCAAUGCACCCAUUACUCUGAGCUGACACUCAGAGCUCAGGAUGGAAUGUGAAGUAUUUUGGCACCCAGAGAGGAAGCAGAGCAUCCACAGGUUCUCGGUUCUCGUUAGAGUACCCUUAUUUGGAGAGAGAAAUGGAUGUGUCACAGGCCUUGUAACCCUUAUAUGGGAGAAAAGGUAAACAGCGUGAUCUGGCUCAGUCAAGUGUUUAUGUGAGCUAACUAGGCUCAUCUCUCACCCCCAGCGUCAGAAGGUCAAAUGAUAAACUAACACAUUCCGUUUUGUUUUAGCCAAAACUUUCCAUACACGUUUGCCCAUGGAAGUAGUGAUUAGAAAGUGAAGGCCAAGACAUUCAGGAGAUAAAGGUGAUCAAAGUUGACCCAUUUUACACACCGCACCAUACCAUGAGUCAUCCACGCUUGAGUUUCAUAUCAUUUAAAAGCUUACAAACACAGUGUAAAAAAUGAUUCAGGUGGUUAGUAAAUUAUACUUGAAAAUAUAAUUAUUUGGUCAUAAAAAAAUGUAGUUGUCAUCUUUACUUGAAUAUAAUUAGUACAUUACUUGUUCAACCAUCCUGAAAAAAAAUUAUGAAUUCAAUAGAAGAUAAAUGCAUAAUCUAAACAACUAUUUGUGUUUUAAAACAACUACAAGGAAAAUUGGGUUUAACUUACUCCAUUUUCAUAAUAUUUCCUAUCAAUUUAAGAAUUUUAAGUUCUUCCAACAACUUUCCACGUGGCUCUGUUUUCAGAGGAUUGUGGGUAAUAGUGUUUAUUAUUUUUAACUUUACGAUACUUUUACACAAUGUUGUAUGCAUGUUUGAAGAACGAAAGGCACAUUUAUAUAUUAGUAUCAAACCGUUUGUUAUGCUAUGAGGUGUAAUGGAUCAUGAUGAACGGAUAUCAGAACCGUCGGACAAAUUGACGUUCAAUGAUGAGACCACCCAUUCUCACCAUUAGUAAGAUCAUGCGUGCCACUCUUGACAGAGGCAAAUGUAUCAAGCUACAAUGCUUGCAGCUUUACCUCCAGUUAGUGCUAGUGGAACGAGCACUGCGUUCAACAAUUCCUGCUACAGUGGAUAAAAAUGUUAAGCUAUGAAAUACAUAAAGCCAUGUUUAACACUAAGACACGAUCAAUGAAAAUGACUCAUCAAAUAUUCAUUCAAAUAUGGCCGUACUGUACCUAUAGAUGCACGUUAGCACAUAUGCUAAUGCUAAAAAUACUUUACAAAUCUUUUCAUAAUGCACUGAUUGCACCUAAAGGAAAAUAGUUCCUACAUGAUAGUAAUUGCUUUGUUAUCCUGUGUCCUUUAUGUCAUAGUGUGAACCCUGUUCAUUGCUGCUCUGAGCUAUAUUUCUAAUUAUAUACCUUCUACUCUGCUCUUAGUGGCAUGUAAGAAAAACCUUGACAGCACAACGGUGGCCUGCCAUGUGGACGAGAUCUACUGCAAGUCCUGCUACGGCAAGAAGUAUGGGCCAAAAGGCUAUGGCUUUGGCGGAGGAGCAGGCACCCUGAGCAUGGACACAGGGGCACAUCUUGGAAUCAGACCUGAAGAGUAAGGAAGGAAUCUCAGAGAGUUGAAUAUUGUAUACUCUCUAUACCAGGGGCUUAUUCAUUUCGUCGAUUCUGUUGGAAAACGUUUCUUAAACAAAAGCAAACGGAAUGAGACUGGAAGGUAGCUACCUGAAUUUGUCAAAUAGAAACUCUUGUUUUAGUACUGUUUGGAUUAAUGAUUACACCCCAGGGCUUUCACUGCUGAUGUUCAUCCUUCCCUUCUAAUCAGACCUGGGAAACCAGGUGAGUGGAUCUGGUCAAUUACAUAAGUCUACCAGGGAAAAAACAUAAAAACAGCAGUACUCCAGACAUCAAGGCCUGAAUAUGUACAGUGAUCAUAACAAACCUGUCUUGUCAUCCACAGGCCAGCAGCCCACCGCCCCACCAACAACCGCAAUGCCUCCAAGUUGGCCACCAAGUUUGGCAGUUCAGACGUGUGCCCGCGCUGUGCCAAGGCUGUGUACUCUGCCGAGAAGGUGCUCGGAGGUGGAAAUGUAAGUCAGAGUUUUGGGCAAUCAGGUUGUUUUGAGAGGAAAUGCUAAGAUUAUGAGCAGUCUCAAAACCCUGCUUCUACUAAACGUUGUAUACCGUAUGUAAAAGUACUAAAUAGCUACAUGUAUCUUUGGCUGCUGUAGAGUUAAUGUCAAUUGAAAUAGAUGCAGGGGGAUAUCCUGUCUGUGUUUCAAUACCAAUGUGAAGGAGGAAUACCAGUUAUUGUUGGCAUAUACCAGUUAUUGUUGGCAUAUACCAGUUACUGUUGGCAUAUACCAGUUACUGUUGGCAUAUACCAGUUAUUGUUGGCAUAUACCAGUUAUUGUUGGCAUUUACCAGUUACUGUUGGCAUAUACCAGUUAUUGUUGGCAUUUACCAGUUACUGUUGGCAUAUACCAGUUAUUGUUGGCAUUUACCAGUUACUGUUGGCAUAUACCAGUUAUUGUUGGCAUUUACCAGUUACUGUUGGCAUAUACCAGUUAUUGUUGACCUAUCUGUGCAGCCCAGUGCUGAGAACAACGCUUACUUCUCCUUAUCGCUCUCCUCCAGUCCUGGCACAAGAGCUGCUUCCGCUGUGCGAAAUGUGGCAAGGGGCUGGAGUCAACCACUGUGGCCGACAAAGAUGGAGAAAUCUACUGUAAAGGUGUGUAUACUCUAUUCAUGUAAAACAAAUGGGUAAAAUAAUUAGCAAAGACAUAAUUACUUGUAGAGUAAAGUGUAAAAUUGCACAUACUGUAGUGUCUAUUUAUAAAGGUGUGUGUGUAUACUGUUUUCUGAACUUCUACUAUAACUUGUUUUAGAGUUCUCAAAUGUGUAGACAACUCGUGGAUUGCCUAGCUAAAUAAAUUCAUCAAAACAAUGUAAAUAAACUAGAGAAAAUGCAAUACUGUAGCAUCUGUUAUAAAUGUAUAUCCCUUUGUAUAUAAAUACCUUCUUUAUAUAAAGUAUACCACCUUUUCAUCCACAGCCUGUUAUGCCAAAUCCUUUGGUCCCAAGGGCUUCGGGUUCGGCCAGGGGGCAGGGGCUCUGGCACAUGCUCAGUAGAGCUCAGGCCUCCUCUGACAGAUACCUAGACAUUUGGACUGCAAAUCCCAGGAUUCCCCAGUCAACCUCUAUUUAAUACUGGCAUCUCACUACUGCUACAGUCACAAAGGCUCAAUAGCAACACACAGUGCACAGCUUACCUAAAUGCUUACCUUGCCAGAAGAGUUAGUUGCUGAUGUUUUCUAUCUAAGCUCUGGCAUUGAUGAGGUUAAUACUCUGCAUGAGAAAUGUUUUCUAACCGCUAUGAGAAAGAAAAAAGGACUUAUCAGCGUGUUCAUUUUGACCUAAUAAACUCCAUUCACAAGAGCGUUCCUUUUAGAAAUUUGAAUGUACACAAAGUGAGUCAGUUAUAUUUACAGUAAGAUGGACACACCCUGGUUUUGUUCAGUUGUUUGGCAGUUGGUGAGUUUACUUAACAGGGCAAUUUAUCAGCGGCAGAAUGAAAGAAAAAAGUAAUAAUGUACAAUUAUUGUCCAAGGCUCUAAAGUCUGGAGAAAACUGGCAUUGAUCUUAUCCUAUGAGAUUUACAACACAGUGGAUGUACUGUAUAAAAUACUGUGCACAUUUAAACGCCAAAUAAAAACCUUUAAGAUAAAAAAAAAAACGUAUUGAAUUAAAUUGUGGUAAUGUGAGGGAAUUAUGUGUUUGAGACAGGCUUUAAUGACAACAGCACAUUUGGAAACAAACAACCCCAAAUGAAACAACUGGCCAGUGUAUGCCUUGCAAAAACGAUUGAAUUGUUAUUUUGAGAAUGUUUACGUGAGAUGGUACAAUGCUGCUGACCGUCAGUGUGUGCCAACCCUUCUGUUCUUCAUCACCCUGAUGACAACAUGGUCUUAUGCCUCUAGCCCUGGCACUGCCCUCUCCCUUGGGUUGGCACACCAGGCAGCUGGAAUGGGAGUGGGAGUGGGGGUAGGACUGGCAGGGGGCCAAUCUGUGCUUUGUAUCUCCAUACAAAACUAUGCCAUGCACACACAAUCUCAUCUCAAGGGCCAGUGGGUGGCGUGUGACCUGUCUACUGGUCUACUGGGAUGUGUAUUAGUGUUUGUUUACAAACUACUGCUCACACACAUGCUGGUAUGGAAUCAGGAAGCAACCGCGAGGAGAGUCAACCAGGUAGUAGUGUUUUUACAGCACCCAAAACUAUUCUGUAAUUUUGUAUUUGAUGGAGAAGAGCUGUCUGUGAAUUUAGAAUUUUUGUUAGUUACUAUAACUAUUUUCACCCACUGCAGAAUGCCACAAGAGGGCACUAGAGAAUUCCAUUGUUACAAAAAAAAAAGAAAAAUAGUACUUACACAUGCCUGCAGAGUGUCUGGACAAAUUGUUGCUGUUUUACAGUUUUACAGCUGAACGGUAUUAGUCUUGCAUCUCACUCUGAACUCUCCCAUCCCUACUGACAGUGCAAGAUACAAUACCUAAAAAAGCCUUGCAAAUAUUUAGUCAUAAUCCCCACUGUGUAUAAAUACAUUUGCUGUUCAUUUCCAUGCAAACAGUCAAACAUAUCAACAGCACUUCGGUUGAUCCUCCUGCCAUAUAUAAAUGCGAAUGAACUGAUCCUCCUGCCAUAUAUAA